AUGGUUACUUCAAUUGAUCUCCACCAUCAUUUCCAUGCUCUUGGUGUUGGAACCAUUGAAGAUGUCCGGAUACAGCGUGAUAAAGGCUUUGGCUUUGUAAGAUACAGCAACCAUGCUGAAGCAGCUCGGGCUAUUCAGAUGGGCAACGCCCAGAUUCUCUAUGGCAAACCAAUUAAGUGCUCAUGGGGUAGCAAGCCUACUCCACCAGGAACCAGUUCUACACCUCUUCCUCUACCAGUUGCCACUCAUAUGCCAGGUUUUUCAGCUGCUGACCUUGCAGCCUAUGAACGCCAGCUUGCGUUGAGUAAAAUGGGUGGUGCACAAGCAAUGAUGCAUCUGCAGGGUCAGCGAAUGGGUGCUGCUCAGGCUUUCUAUGACGGAGGGUAUACAAGCAUUGCUACGAGCCAGCCGCCUAUGUACUACUAAUUCUAUGUAGAAACUCCUGUUAUUGAUUGGAAGACCGGAAAUUAGUGUUGAACACUGUAGGUUGCUUUUCAUUAUGUCCUCUCUUUUAACCGGGGUUCAGAUACCUGCUGGUGUAUGAAUUAUGUAGCUUGUAUUUCCAGUUGGGGAUGAUGAAUUGUUUGAAGCUCUUCCCUACUCCUAAAUACAGUUUUAAAUUUAAAGUGGAUCUAAUUAUUCAAUAUUAGCAGUUAGUGUGGACUGGUUAUUCAAUAUCUUUUUUGCAGUUUUUCCUUCAGAG